UCACCUUUGUUUAUCUGUUUCCCAAGUAUAUUAGUGCGUGUGUGAAUGUAUAAACAAGAGUAAUUAACUUAAGUAUCUUUGUAGAAAGGCGCUAUAUGACCCAUCCAAUAUGGCGGCGACGUUGACGUACUACUCAGUGCUCGAUAAGACAUCUAGCUUGACUAUGGCUGUGAUCUAUUACAUUACAUUACAUUACAUGUAAAUGAAGUGAGCUUUGUUUCGGUUUGUAUUGUUUUUUUAACGACUUGGCAAGUGUAAAGCCAACUUAGCAUCUUUCCGUGUAGGAUCAUAUUGUCUUGAUUGGUUCAGAGAAGUGAAUGGAUGGAAACAUGGCUGCUGUUACAGAUAGAUGAAUGGAAACGAAUGGAAAUCAAGUGAAGACAUGGCGGUCCAAUCCAGUCCAAGUCAAAUACACCCACUGGACACAAUAUUAGCAGGUCCACGGGCGACAUGGAGGCCCGUGAGAAUCCCUGCUCCUGGUCCCGACUCAGGUCCUGCGACGUGAUGUUGGCCUCCAUGAGCGCGUCCUUGAUGAGGAUGGACAGCGCCCGCAGGAUGAAGGACGCAAAGAGGUUCAUGUGGAUGUUGUUCCUCAUGCAGUGCAGCUUCCUGUUCAACGAAAGAGGCGUCAAGAAAACAAGUGUAACAUCACCCCGGUCCCAUGAUGCUCUCUGGUACCUGCCUGGAUAUCCAAGAGAAGACCAACGUAUUUCAUAAGAAGCCUAUAAGAGAGUGCAUUACUAAGUUGGAGGCGGAAAAGUGAGUAACAAUAACAAAAGAGAAUAUGGAAUAUGUAAAUGAUAUGAGUACACUUGCUAGUAAUUGAUAAAUAAGUCAAGUAACAGGUUUAGACCGGACCGUGUUCCCACAAGAGGAUGAUCCGCCCCUACUGGUCACCUUUAUAAAUGGAAGCCCCACUCACGGAAGCAUUUUUGCCGUGCGCAACGCUGCGAAGAAACAUUAUACGUUUUCAUCCAGAGUCCACAAUAAUGGACACCAACGCGUCCUGGCCAACGGUCCCAACCCCAGCCAACGUCACCGCCUUCAACAACGCCACGGUCAAACCCUUCAGCGUCUUUGAUGGCUGCGAAUCCCUUGUGGAGGGAAUCUUGUUCGAUCUCACCCUCCAGACCAUCAACGUCGUGGUGGGGAUCCCGGCCAACAUCCUCGUCAUCGCCAUCCUCAUCCGCAACCGCAAAGAACCGUCCACCUCGGACAUCUACCUGGGUUCCCUGGCCUUCAUGGAUGCCUAUUUUGGCUCCAUGACCCCAGUCAUCUUCCUCAAUCUUUACCACUGGCAGAGCAAGGAGGUGUGGUCUGCACUCAAGUUCUCCUACGGCGUCAAGGACACCAGCGGGCCCUUGUUCCUCUCCUGCAUCUGCUUGGAUCGCUUCAUCGCCGUUCUCUUCCCGCUCGCGUUCGGCCAACUCAAACACAUCAAGUAUCGGUUAAGUCUCUCCUUGUUGGUGUUCUGCCUCACCUUCGCCUAUUCCGCUGCCAAGAUGAUAGGCGGCUUGCCUAACUUUGAGAAGGUCUUCACCGGGGAGAUCCUGGCCACCUUCACUUGGAUGGUAGUGUGCAACGCGUGCAUCCUGUGGACGCUGAAGAAAUCCAGCGGUGCGGGGAAAGACGACAUGCACCCCAUGAAGAGGAAGGCCUUCAAAACCGUGCUCGCCAUCCUUUGUAUUAUCGUGUUCACCUACCUGCUGCCUGUUGUCCUCUUCCCCUUUGAGGACUACUACGCGCCCGACGUCUUCCGCUGCUACGUGCAACCUGUGGGAUUCGCCUUCCUCAACAUCAGCAGCACCAUUCAACCCCUCGUUUACCUGUCUCGCCUGGACAAGGUGCCCUUCCUGCCGAUGAGCUGCAUUAAAAAAUGGUGUCGCUUUUUCCUUACGGAGAAGGACAAAAAACAACGUGGACAAAACUAAUCAACAUAGAACUGCAGUGUAGUUAUUUGCAGUAUGGCUAAAAAUACUUUAACCUCAGAGACUGUUUGACACGCCUCUAUAAAGUCAACACUUUGGCGCCUCCAUGUGUUCGCUAGGUGCAAUUACCCUGCCUAGACAUACACUGUAAACCUGAAAAAGUUAGCAGAACUAAAAAAAAAAAAGUGAGGCAAUCAGUUGCCACAUUUUUUUUAGUUCAUAAACUCAAACAUUUGAGUAUAUCAGAGAUUUAAUAUUUGGAGUUGAUAUUAGAUAUACUUUUUAAAUUUUGGGAUGAAGAGAGAAAUAGCUUUCUUUCUUGCAUUCUCUCUGCCAUGCAUUCUCCAUUCUUUCAUUUUCAUUCUCAUUUCAAUUAUUUCCAUAGGAAAAAGAUGCAUGUGUAAUGUGCAUGUGUAACCUACACAGUACAAAUAUAUCUGCAAAUCAUUUAAGUAGGUUACACAAAUCUGCAAAAAGUUCAUAUUAAUCAAAAUUAAUUAGAUUAAUGUUCAUGUUAAAGGUUAAAUAACUGUUAAUAGUUAUCCUCCCUAUCCGUGUGGAAGUGGUAGGUUUUUGGCUAUUUAAGUUUAAAGGAAAUAACUUGAAGGCUACCGUUUAUGUCGCUAGCUCUCUAGUUUGCGAGUUAGCAUGUGUCUCAAGACCCUGCAGUUGCGCAAUAUGUU